AUGAACACUUCGAACGCAGCAUCAUCUUCUCGGACACCCCCUAAAGUUGACCCAGGCUCUCCUCUCUGUCCAGACAACGUUCAGAUCUAUCGCACCGAUGAAUUCUCUUCGAAAGCGCUGCAGGCUGCAGUGCUCGCUGGAAACAUUGAUCGAGUGCUAUUUUUAGUGGGCAGUGAUCGUAAUUCCGUUGAUACGCAUCGUGCUCUGCUAGUUGCUUGUCAGUACGGCAAGGCUCGCAUGGCACACUCAAUCUUGGGGGUGAUCCAACACCACGAGAUGAACUAUGUGGAUGAACAUGGGCGCUCACCGCUCCAUUAUGCUAUACAUCAAAGCUCCCCGAAAAUGGUCGCAAGUCUAUUAAGUCAUGGCGCCAGCACCCGCGAGGUUUACGGUGAUGGUUAUAGCCCACUUUCCCAUGCUAUUCACAAGGGCGACGAAGAGUGUAUGAGAGAGAUUUUGGUACAUUUGAAAACCCGAGGUCCUUCGCAUGAACUGGAGUUCAGCAACCAAAUGAUUUUCCAUCCAGCGAAGAAGCUAGUGGUUGAGUUUCGGUGGGAGCUCCCUCAUUUAAUGGAAGACUUGUGCAGCGAGGAUCCGUACAGGGACUUGAUGAAUUCCAUGCUCGAUCUUGUUGUAAUUACUGGAUCUGGCGAAAAUUAUGACUGUUGCACAUGCCGAGAAUAUCUUUCCAAAACUUGGCCUAGUUUUGGGAUGUCGCUAUUCAAAUUGUUGAUGGAAAAGUCCAUCAAUCCCAACGGGGUAGGAAAGAACCAAACCCUAAUGGUGGAUAGGGCAGAAAUACCUAUGUUGAGGGCCGCACCAGACAACUUCAUCUUGUUUCUUCCCAGCUCUCAGGAAAACGUCGACAUUUGUAAGGCGAUAUGCUGGAUAUGCGCUGCCAUUCGGCCAAAUCCUAAUCGCCUCGCAUUGCCUCCAAAUAAGAGUUUACAACUAUCAAAGACUCCAAAAGGCGUUUGGAUUGGCGAAGAGUCUUGGGAGUUUGCAAUAAUUUCAUUCACCCUUGAACCAUUAGAAGACUUUCUCGAUUCGACGUCUCUGAACGCAGGGUGUUGGGCAGAUCUCUUCGACACCGGUAUUGUUGUUGAAUAUCCCAUAAGCAGACCAUGGGGGCGCGGUUUGGAAAUGUCUUUCAAAAUGAUGAUUCACCUAGCGGCAGUUGAGAAUUAUUAUUGCUUGGAUACUGGAAUCAUCCUUCUCGGCUAUUUCACUGCGCUCGUGCCUAUAGAGCAACAACAGGACGGUUGGGGCAUACAAUGGCAUCUUGAGCUCGUGGAUGGCAGCAACGAUUGCUUGCAUCUCUCAGCCCUAACUUCGAUUAAAGGAGAGUGGUUUAAAACAGUCGACGAAUCAGUACUUGAGGAGUCCGAAUGCUUCCUCGGCUGGUCGGAAUUUGCAAAAAUUGCACUUGGCACGCGGGCUCUCUGUGAACAGCACAAGUUGAGAGCUAGUUGUAAUACUUCAGAGCGCUACCAAGUAGCUCGCGCAGAGCGUUUCGAGGUUGGGUUCAAGACUGGCUUCUCUCUCUACCCAAUCAACUUCGCGCCAAAGGCAACACAUUCGUGGGUUUUCCACUCCACGGUACAACAUUUCAAUGCGCCUUCGUGCUAUAUGCAAGCUAUUAAUCUAAGCCGAGGGAAAGUUGCGCUUGUACUAGACUCGAAAACACAGCAAGCGUGGCUUGUCCCUUUUUUGAGCUUGGCGCUCCACCUAUGCCAGCGCUAUUGCCAAGAGUUUUCGAAAAUGAAAUCGUCCCCAAUACCAUUUGCUCACCUUCAAAGCGAUGGAGCCGAGGCUGCCUUCUCCGUUCUCUAUAGCAACGGAGACUUGGUCGUCUCCGGCACAAACGAAAAUGGGGAAACCCUGAGGUCUCUGUUUUUACGUAUAAAUAACAACCUGCUGCAAACACAACGCACCAGAGCGCCUUCAAAGCAAGGGCGCAUUUUGGCCUCGGAGCUUUUUGAUAUUAUCGUUGAACCCAGCAGAGGCAGUCCCUUGAAGAGGGUUGAUGUUCCUGAAACAACAAGAGCAUGGCUUCCCCUGGUCGAGAAAGUCGAUUGUGUUGGCGUCUGCGCGGAUUUAGGUCUCGCAAUACAACCAGUGAAACCACAAGGCCGCACCUGUAGCUGCUUCGCUCUCCCAGAAGACAAAUUCUAUCUAGCAGCACACAUGUGGUGCUUAGACCAACUGGCCCAAAAAUCAGGCGGUGGGUUCGACCAGAUUGCGCAAGGAAAGUGCAGGCUUGGCGAAGGCCUCAUUUGGAAGACAGAAUGCCUCCAGUGGGCAGACUGCAUGGUGAACAACAGGCAUGUGCCCGUCUGGGGUGAGAGCCGUGAAACAAGUAUCUUGCAGCAAGUUUCCGGAAAUCGCAACGACAGCGACUUGCGGUGUUUACAGGGCACUAUAUGCAACGGUUCGAUGAAAAAAGAGGGAGUGGUUGUGUUCGGAGACGAAGAGCAGCCCAAGCGCUUAGAAAAAAUCAAGGCACUGGCUGCGAAACUGGAUACAUUGCUAGAUAUCUCAGGCACCGAGAGGCUGUUUGAAGCUUAG